AACCUAUUGCGUCGUAUUUUUUCAGAGGAGUCCAUUUUGAAGAGUUGUGAUAUAGUUCUUGUAGGAAAAAUCUGUUUCCAUCGUAGUCUUCGAAAGGUUUUUUCGCUUGGAUAAUACCAUCAAUUUGUUCUUAGUUAUCCUAAGUUUUCCUGUUUUGCCUUUUAUUUAAAACUUAAUGCCUCUGAACCUGUCAAAUAUGGUUCUAAAGUUAAGAAUCGCCGUUGUUUGCUCCAGUAACCAAAACCGCAGUAUGGAAGCUCAUAACUUCUUAAGCAAGCGCGGUUUCAAUGUGAAGUCGUUUGGUUCAGGAGUUCAAGUGAAGUUGCCUGGUCCAGCACCGGAUCGACCAAACAUUUAUUCAUUUGAUACAACCUACGAUGAAAUGUACCGAGAUUUACUGAAAAAAGACCCUCAACUCUACAAGCAAAAUGGAAUUCUUCACAUGCUGGAUAGAAACAGGAGAAUAAAAGCCCAUCCUGAAAGAUUCCAAGAAACUGAAGAAGAAUUUGACCUUGUGGUUACAGUGGAAGAGAGGGUGUAGGAUCAAGUUAUUGAGUAUCUUGAAUCACGUGGUGCUCAAAGCUACUCGCCAGUCCAUGUAAUAAACCUUGAUAUUCAGGAUAACCACGAAGAAGCUACACUGGGAGCAUUCCUAAUAUGUGAAAUGUGCCAAGCUAUCGAAGGCUUAGAUGAUUUAGAAAAUGAAAUUGAUGAGGCUAUCCCUAAACUAGAGAAGAAAUGGAAAAGAACUUUGCUUCACACAGUAGCUUUCUAUUAGAUAAGUAUUUGUACAAACAAUGAUAUUGUAUUCUAUAAUGUAAGUGUAAAUAGCUUUAAACAAUUUGUAAUCAAUUGAGUCAUGUCAUUGUGGAGCUAUAGACUUGCAUAAUGGUUUGCUUCCAAGCCAGCUCUCCAGAAGGUUGUAAUUUAACUUUGAUGAAUUAAGAAGCAGAGAUAUAUAUUGAGUGGAAGGCCGGUGAAAGAAGUGUUGACCAAACAGAUCAAGUUUCAUAAGCAAUGCAAUACAGUGUUUAAAUGUGCUUGCAAAGAACUUUUCAAGUUAGUUGGUUGCAGCAGACAAGGAUUUUUUUUAAUUCAUCCGUUUCAUCUUUGCAUGCCCUGCUUAUGUGAAAAAUGAAAUUGUUUGUACUAUACUUUUAGGGGGUAUUUUCGGUCACAGAGAAAGCAAGCAUCUAGAUUAAUUUAUAAAAUUAUGCUAUUUAUGCAACCCCAUGCCUUUUUGAACUGGAAUCAGGUAUUUUUGACCAUGUGUAUUUUCAAUGUGAAACCACAAACUGAUUAUUAGUUUAACACAGACAAUACAAAAAAAGUCGACAAUCAAUUUUGAUAUUUUUAUCAUGGAUUGUGUACUCAUUAAACUCAAUUGCAAUCCUGAAUGUAAUCCAGAUAUUGUGAAAAAAAUGUAUGUAUACAAAUAGUUAACAACAGUUUAGAGUAAUGAGCCUCUCUUCAAGGGUCAAAGAAAUUGGAAUGCAGAAGUUGUUUGAAGUAAUAAUUAUUGUAUUUUUUUUUUUUUUUGCUGCACUUCUGGAAACUAUCAGUAAUAUCAAGAGAUAAGUGCAGUCAAUGAUGUUUAAUGUGAUCUCAAACAAGGAGACUUAAAAAUUGUAGUUAAAUUAUUGGAGAAACUUCAGAAUACCCGUCCACCUCAUUUACAUGUGUCGGGAGGCUUUGUAGAACGAGGCAUAACACAAUAGACGCUCUUCUUAUAUAAUAACAUGUAAAUGAGGUGGCCGGGUAUUCUGAAGUUUAGCCAAAUUCAGAAAUUCUUGUCAUUAAGCUUGUACUUUCAUCAGCUAUUUAAAACUGGAAUUUAAAAAGAUGAUUAAAAAAAUAUUUUAUGGAA